AUGUCAAGAAGGAAGAUUGGGGGUGGGAGUCAUGCGUUUGACUUAUUGCAAGCGUAUGAUGACCAUAGAGAAAUUAAAGAUCAAUUGAUUAAAGAUAUUGAACAGAAUACAGUACCGAUGGAAGAUGAACGUCAUGGUGUAGAAACAAAAACUGGAGAUUCAGAGCAAGAUACACAAACUGUAAAAUUACUGGAAGAAAUAAAAAUGUUGAGAAACACCAUUGAGAAAAAAGAUGCAGAGAUACUCAAAUUGAAUAGAGUAAUAAACGAAUACGAAGAGAAUAAGAUGUUGGAAUUACUUCCACCACGAUCGUUAUCGAGGAGUAAACGUGGUGUCGAUGAAAGUAAAUCUGUAACUGAUAUAGAAGAAGGUAAGCCAGGGUUGCCUAGUAACGAUUUGGAUUUCCACAGUCCUGCUACUUCAGUAGCAUACACAACAUCUAGAAUCACUAUCACAUCACCAACAAAAAUUAAGUCUGACUCAAAAAAUACAAAUGCAUUACAAUCGUCAUCUAAUAAUAAUAACAAUAACAAUAGUAAUAAUAGGAGUAAUAAUAAUCAGCAUCAGCAUCAGCAUCAGCAUCAUGACGGCACAAUUGAAUUCACGCCAACUUCAAAACAACAAUUAACUAGCUUCAAUGAUCUGUUAGUGAAAUCAUUUGAUGGAGAAGUACCAGCCAUAUCGAAGAAUGUCAAUGAUAAUAAUAACGACGGUAUGGAAAUUGACGAAGACAUAUCUGAUGCCGGCACUCCAGAUGCAUUGCCUCAGCCUUUUUUCAAUAGACUUCAAAAAACUGAACAACCACCAUUGCCACCACAAGAUGAACAAAUGUUGCUCACACCAAUUCGAACUAGUUUCAAAUUUGAUGAACCAAAAUAUGACGGAACCAAUGAGUCUGUAGAAUUAAGUUCACCCAUAGUUGUGGGCAGUGAUAUUAAGAACGAGUUGGAGGAUUCGAUUAGAUCUUUAGAGGACUCAGAAGGCACGACGACGAUCAAUGAGAACUAUCAAAUACAAAUUAAUGAUAGUAAUAAUAUUAAUGGCAAUUCAACAAGAGAACCAUCACUUACCAGUGUACUAUCAUCUUCUAGCAACAAUAUUGUAACCAACGGUAGAAUCAAUAGCGUCAAUAGUGCGAACAAGUACAGAAAUCCUUCGAAUGAAGCAACUCCGAAUAGAAACAUAAGCAAUAGCCGUAUUAAUACAGCUUUAUCGAAUCAAAUAAACUCGCCAAAUAGUUUUGUUAAUACUCCUAUUAGUGUAAUCAAAUCCGACAUUCCGUUGUUCAUACAACCAAAUGAUUUCCAUACCAUUGAUCCAAUCGUUUUAACAACAUUGUAUUUUAAUGAAACUAACGAAAAUUUUUGCCUAGUUAGUGUUGUUGAUAAAUCAUCUCGAAAAGAAAUGUUUAAGUUUAAGAAAACUAUUGAACAAAUUUAUGAGUUGGAUUCAUAUUUGAAAUCAACCAUCUCUGUAUAUUCAUUACAAGAAUUACCAAUGUUACCAGAAAAGCAUAGUUUUAACAAUUAUAUUCCAGCCAAAGUAAAUGGAAGAUUGGAUACCUUAAAUGAUUAUUUCAAGACAUUAUUCCAAACUAAUAAUUUGCCAAACAAUGCAAUUAUUAAAAUUUUACAGUUUAUAAGUACAGAUACCUUUAUUCCACCAUUAUCUGUUGAUGAUAUGAAUUCGUCGUCGUUAAUGAAAGAUGGUGUUUUAAUUGUAAGGAAAUCAAAAACUUUGGGGACAGGAAUAAACUGGAGAUUAAGGCAUGCACAAUUACUCAAAGAUAUGUUACUAUUAUGUAACCAAAGAAAUUCACAAGUAUUGGAGUCAAUCAAAUUGAAACAAGCUACCAUUGAAUUGAUGCCUAACUUACCAGACGACAAAUUUGGAACAAAGAAUGGUUUCAUAAUAACAGAGCAGAAAAAAUCAACUUUAUCAAAUCCAAACAAAUAUUAUUUAUGUACAGAGAAACCUAAGGAAAGAGAGACUUGGGUUCAGGUAAUCAAUAAGUUGCUAAUGGAUGUUGACUCUUCGGGUGCAUCAUAUAACGGCAAUACUAUUGACAAUAAUAAUGACAAUAAUAAUUAUACCAAUAGUACUAACAUCAGUGCUAAGAGUUCGAUGCAGAAAGUGUCGAACAUGAGAAGCAUUACACCUGUCUCAAGAACUUCUGAAAAUUCUUCAGAGCAUAUCUAUGUAACAGAUUUGACAUUAGACAAUAAAACUUUCAACAAUAAAGAAAAUGAUUCGAAUCUUGUUAAUACCGAAUCAUCGAAUGGUAGCCCAUUAGAAAAUAAAAAAAUAGUAACAGAAUUAGAAAUUUGUUCCCAUUCAAAAAAAACAGCACCAAACGGUAAUGAUGAUGAAAAUCUGAACAAGCCAAGCACCAGAAAUUAUCCAUCUGAUGUUAAGUUUUCAGAUUCAUCAAUUAAUAAUGCUUUAGAAGCGAUGACUUUAGGUAGUUUAGAGAAAAGUGAUUCUGGCUCUAAUUUUAAUAGUUCGUUUGGAACACGUAACCUAGUGUUUGGAAAUUCGUUAGAUGCUUGUAUAGCGCUAAGUUCGAACACUUACCAAGGACAAUAUGUUAUUCCAAGUGUGUUCUUCAGGUGCUUGGAGUAUCUAUACAAAAAUAGAGGGUUACAAGAAGAAGGUGUCUUCAGGUUAAGUGGUUCAAGUUCAUUAAUUAAGCUGCUACAAGAAAAAUUUGAUAAGGAAUAUGACGUUGAUUUAUGUAACUUUGAUCCUAGCACAAUUGGUGACGGUACAAUUGCAACAAGAAAUAUUGACGUUAACACAGUUACUGGUAUAUUAAAAUUAUAUCUAAGAUCUUUACCGCAUUUGAUAUUUGGUGAUUCUAAUUAUCAAACUUUCAAAAAUAUUGUCGAUGAGAAUUAUAAUAAACCAUCAAUCAUUGCACAAGAAUUUAGAAAUGUUAUAAACAGUGGAUCAGUACCCGACACCAGCAUUGCAAUGAUGUAUGCUUUAUUCGAAUUAUUGGUUAGAAUCACUCAAAACAAUAAAAUCAACAAGAUGAAUUUAAAGAAUUUAUGCAUUGUAUUUUCACCUACUUUAAAUAUUCCAAUUAAUAUACUACAACCAUUUAUUGUUGAUUUUGGGUGUAUUUUCAAAAAUGAAGAACCUGUACCAGAUUCUGAAAGAAGUGAAGUUGAUAUUCAUAUACCACAAUUAUAA